UACACGGUAGUUAUCUUGGUGCACAGAUCAGUGUAACGACUACUCCGAGUAGGUACGACACCGUCUAGUUUGGUAAUUAUAACUAUAGGGUUCAAUCGGCGAUGACUGUCCCUGAAUUUCUUAUAUUUAGCUGCAGGUCACCACUUGAUCACGUUAGACGAACAAUAUCUUGCUGCCUGCUGGAACACACAACGAUGAAUGGCGUCAUGGCUGAUUGCAGGAAGUAUAGCAAAAAUGAAUACUUUAUGAACCACAAUUCUAAGAAUAGACAUUUAUUACUUAUAUUAAUAUAUACUAUGGCUCUGAUAUUUGAAUCACAUGGUACCACACUGGGAACGGACUUAAAUAAUGAAAACUGCUCAGAUGCAUUGACGUGCACCAAAUGUACAAUCAAAGCUCAAUGUGCAUGGUCCUUAGAAAAACAGAAGUGUGUCAACUACAAUCACUUUCACUUGUCAAAUCUUACAAUCUACGGUAAAGAGAAAUGUCCACGAUUUUCAGUAGUUAAAAAAUAUGAAUAUAAUAAUACAAUUAAUCAUUUGGAAUACAUAGUUAAGGUAUCAAACGAUCAUGUGAAUUUCAUGAAAUAUCUUAAAGAAAGUAAAUUCCUCUGUAAUUCAACGACAAUAGAUGUUUAUAAUAAAACGAUAAAAAAUGAUGAGAUUAUAUGUUCAGCAAACAUUUUGACAACUAACUUUAAGUUGCAUGGUGUACAAUCAUUUACUGCAUUUAUUUAUAUUAAGUUUAAUAAAGUCUUGUUGUGCUUGGACAACAUUGCCGAUCACUAUGUAACGUUUUAUGAACACGAAUGUGCCGAGGACAAGAAGGACGAAAACUGUGCGACUUGCACGUGGAAUAAAUAUGGCUUCGCACACUACAUUAGAUUAUGUUCGUCAGGAAACUCCUGUGAAGGUCGCAAUGAAUUGUACCUGUGGCACAAUGAUGUUGGAAAAUCUUGGAAUUCUAAGACGCGAGAAGUCAAUAAUCAAUGUGCCGAAAUAAACGUGACAUCCAUCGAUCCACUAUCUGGGACGAUGGCUGGUGGCACGACUAUAACGAUUACCGUAAAGAACCACUUGAUACUUGCGGAUAACCGAACGGUAAUGGUGGUGGUGGCCGGAAUGCUUUGUGCGGACCCCAGGACGUCCGGACCCGAAACGAUCACUUGCAUCACGACACCACCAACCGACGACACACUAUAUGCAGCACCAUCCGGUUCGGUAUUGGUUAAGUACACGUCACAUGAACGCCAGUUGAUUAUCGAGUCGUCACAGAAAUUUCACUACUACGUUGAUAUUUCCGCCGGCACAUCCCUUUUCGUAAUUAACCUACAUAUUAUUUUGAUACAAUUUUCGUUUUUUGUUUUUUACACAAAAAUGGUGUACUAAAAUCAUUUAUAAUUUUUUAAUUUAUAUUAGAUACACAUCUAAUAAUUAAUACAAUUUUGAUAACUUGUAAAAAUCAUAAUAUUUGUAUAAGUAAAAACUUUUUUUUAUAUAAAAAUACAAUUUGUAACACAUUACUCCAGGAAGGAGAAAUAUGCAUUACUAGAGGUAAAACGAUACCUACAUUUUAGUCAAUAAAUAUUUUAAGAUUAUGAUAGACUUUACCAAGCUGAUCCAGUCAAAAAUAAUAUUAGAUAGGUAUUAAAUUAGUCCAUGAUGAUGAAUAUUCAGCCAAAAUGUACAGUAUAAUAAUAUACACAAUGUUAUCUACUUGGUAACAACAUAUGCACAACCUUUUUAAACUGUAUUUACUAGAUAAUUAUUUUUUAAUGUUUAAUUCAAAUUAUUUCUUAUAAACAAUAAAUUGUUU